ACCAGCGGUCCUUCUUUACGCAAUUCCCAGAUCCCGUCUCGACCAGCUGAGCCAAGGACCGCCUCUCGCUGCUCUCCGCCAUGGCCUCUCUCAUCGCCCGCUCCUUGGUCCUCAAUUCCCGCCGGGGAGUUCAGCUCACCUCGGUCAGAUUUGCGAACAAGAUGAUGGCUGAUCCCUUGGAGCAUGCUACUGGUUUGGAGAAGCAGGAACUGUUGUCUAAGGCAGCUGGUAAUGAGAACCCUUUUGACAUGAGGGUCUACAAACGUGUGAGUGGAGACCAGACCAACCCAACAACUGUCCCCUCCUUCUACGAGAGGCGAUUAGUUGGCUGCAUUUGUGAAGAGGACGCUACCAGCAUCAACUGGAUGUGGCUGGAGAAGGGCGAGUCUAAGCGCUGUGAGUGCGGCUAUUGGUUCCAGCUUCAAGAUGCAAAGCCCAUGGUUUAGGUAGAGCUAAUAGUGACCCAGUGUUGUCCUUAUCAAUCUCAGUUAAGUUGAUUACAUGUAAUAUUUACAGGUGAGGUCACUUUCAUGAUGUAGCAUAUUAUUCCUGUUCCAUGGAAUAUUUUUCUUGUAUAUAAACAUUUUAAAUAAGUGAAAUACAUCGGAAACAGAUUGUGAUUUUGUUUUCAUAUGAAUUCCAGAACUACAACAUAAUUGAAGCUCACUAUUUAUAUAUGUAGUAAAAGAUGGAAUAUUAAACCAAUUACAACACAA